AUGCUUGAACUGCUUAUUUUCCUGGCAUCGCUCUGCCACAUCCCUCAGAUCAAGGCAGGACCAUCUAGAGUCCUACAAUCUAGUUCCCGAGACAAGAUAAAAGGGCUGGAAUGGCUGAUGCGCUACGGCUACCUUCCCCCACCGGAUCCCAGAGCAGCAACUCUUCAAAGCCAAGAAGAGUUAUCCGUUGCUGUUAAAACGAUGCAAAGGUUUGCAGGUCUGCCUGUAACUGGGAAACUGGAUCGUGAGACUUUGAAAAUGAUGGACAGGCCUCGCUGCUCUCUCCCUGAUUUCAUUGGCACCGCGGAGUUGAUGCGACGUAGGAAGAAACGUUACGCUCUCAGUGAAACCGCCUGGAAAAAGACCGACUUGACAUGGCACAUCCGUUCCUUCCCUCAUUCCUCGCAACUAACCCACGAUCAUGUCCGGAAUCUCAUUUUCUACGCUUUUCGAGCUUGGAGCAAUUCUUCAACCUUGACCUUCAAAGAAGUGUCUUCUCAGCAAGCGGACAUUGUGGUGGAUUUUACGGCCUCUUAUCAUGACGACCCAUACCCCUUUGAUGGGCCUGGAGGCACCCUGGCCCAUGCCUUCUUCCCUGGAGAAUAUCCCAUUUCAGGCAAUACCCAUUUUGAUAAUGAAGAGAUCUGGAUUUAUGACCCACAGAAUGAAUCACCAGGCCGCGGCACAGAUCUAUUUGCUGUAGCAGUGCAUGAGUUUGGCCAUGCCUUGGGACUGACUCACUCUUCUGUUAAGGAGUCCAUCAUGAUGCCAUAUUACCAAGGUCCUGUCGGUUUGCCCCACCUCUAUCAACUUUCCACAGAUGACGCCAUGGGAAUUCAACAAAUCUAUGGUAGGCGGCAUCAUAGUUCAUAUCCAGAUCAAGACAUUCCGGUGCCACCGGUUCCCACAGCACCCCCGAUCCCAGACCUACCACCAGACAAGCCGAAAGAAAAGCCUUCCUUGCCAGCAUCUGAACGUUGCAAAACCGGGUUUGAUGCUAUUGCUAACAUUCGUGGUGAAGUUUUCUUCUUUAAAGGUAAACAUUUUUGGAGGAUUCAGCCAUCCCAGAAUCUGGUUUCUAUGGAGCCAGCCCAGACUCUUCGCUUCUGGAACGGACUCCCCCCAGAUUUUAAGAUAAUUGAUGCUGCGUACGAACGUGCCAACGACAGCCAGAUUGUGUUCUUUAUUGGACCCUACUACUGGGUUUUUUCUGACACUCGAGUCAAUCAUGGUUAUCCCCGCCCCACAUCCGAUCUGGGACUCCCUCCUGGCACCGUAGUUGGGGCUGUGUUUGUUUGGCCUCACAAUGGUAAGACGUAUCUCUUAGAGAAGAACCGCUACUGGCGCUAUGAUGAUCAGCUGGGCCACGUGGAACCGGGAUAUCCCAAACCGGUCAGCCUCUGGAAAGGAGUCCCUUCUGAGCUGGAUGACAUCACCCACUGGAAUGAUGGCCAUAUAUACUUCUUCAAGGAUACUCACUACUGGCGCUUUAAAGGUGGCAGUGUAGAGGCCGAUUCAACCCAUCCACGCUCCAUUCCCCGUGACCUGAUGUUUUGCUCAGAUCCUACCACGGUUUCCCCCAAAGGACCAAAAACUGGGCGGAGAGGGGAGGAUGGUCUAUGCCUCUGUGGGACGAAUGGACAAAACAAAAACUCCUUCACAGCUUGGAUCUUAAUUCUGCUUUGGAUUAUAUGGUGAUUGCUAGAUUAGCUACACAACUAUGCACUUUACAUUAUAAAGAGAAGAGGAGACAAAACAGUG